UAUAUAUAUAUACAAAUCCACGUGUAUAUAUAUAUAUAUAUAUAUACACAGGAAUCCGUCCAUCUUUGGCGACUAUAAUUAGGUUUUCUUUGCCAACAAUCUUCAACCCGUACGCAUCAAAUAUUGCUAAUUUACAGAAGAGGUUAAUCGGUGGGUGGGGGGUCUCUUCUCAUCUCUCUCUACUUUUACGAGCUCUGGAGUUAGGCCUUUGCCCUCCUGUGGCUACCCUAAGGUUAUGCCGUUUACCCUACAGUUUGGAAAGGUUUUAAUUUUCUCUGAGACAUGGAGCAAGAGUGCCCCUGGUCAGAUUGUUUCCAGAAUCAGGUUUUCUCAUUCCAGAAAGUGCUCGAUUGGCGUUCUCUCAUCCCCCGACAUUUCCUUCUUGUUUCCUUUGUUAACUGCACCUAGUGAGCAUCCUGUAUAUGAGCAUUCAGGCAGGCCUAAUGCAAGUUUUUUAUGAGAUAGGUGUUGGAUCUUUAGUGAACAUUUACAAGUAAGCUGAUUUACUUAUAAGCAAGAUCUAUAUUGGGAUUUACUGCGUAAAUAAGAAAGUGUUCAACUUGUUUGUACUGAUGUCCUUUUCCGACGACACCAGUGCACUGCCGAUACAGUAGUCACUUAAAAAUUUCCAAGAACAUCUGAUGAGGGCUGAACUUGCAUGUAAAUGAUGAAUUUUGUGUACACCGUUGAUUACUAAAUGAGAUUAUGUUCUGACUAAUCUUAGCAAAGACUCGUUCUUUUUGAUGGGUGGCAGUUAGAUUUACAAAACGUAUUGGCUGAAGAUUUUGCAACAGAAUCCAUAGGGUAAGGGAGGUACCAUCUCAAGUCUGAGGUAGUUUCUGGAGGCUUUCUUUUCGGCUACAAGUUUUCCGUUCGUAUAAGUGUCAAGAUGCCCUGCAGUUCUCAGUUCUUUUUGUUUUUUAUGCCUUGUCAAUGUCUGGGAGUCAUUGAUCCGGUGUCCUUUAUGAAUAAGGCUGUGGAGCCUGUCCAUCAGAAGCUUACUGUUCUUUUGCUCAUGCAUCAAGAAAGUUGAAGGUGGAUCCAGCCAGAACAGCCAGGCUGAUAGUUUAUAUUAUCCAGUUUCUACUAUAGUUGUCUAGAGAUUUAGUCCGUUGUUUCUUCUAUGUUUGUGUUUCUUCUUCGUAAAUAAGGUGUUACGAGCAGUUGCAUACCAAAAAAUGGAAAGGUACAAGAUAAUUAAGGAAGUUGGUACUGGAUCCUUUGGGGUUGUUUGGCGAGCACUGAAUAAGCAGAAUGGUGAAGUGGUUGCAAUUAAGAAAAUGAAGAGGAAGUAUUAUUCAUGGGAAGAAUGCAUAAAUUUGAGAGAAGUCAAGUCACUGCGCAAGAUGAAUCAUCCAAAUAUCGUGAAACUCAAGGAGGUCAUCAGAGAAAAUGAUAUCUUAUACUUCGUGUUUGAGUACAUGGAAUGCAGUCUCUACCAACUCAUGAAAGAUAGACUGAAGCUUUUUUUGGAAACUGAAAUUAGAAACUGGUGCUUCCAAGUGUUUCAAGGUCUUGCAUAUAUGCAUCAGCGUGGUUACUUCCAUCGUGACCUUAAGCCAGAGAACUUUCUUGUUUCCAAGGAUGUAAUAAAAAUAGCUGAUUUUGGUCUUGCUCGUGAGAUCAUUUCUCAACCACCAUACACCGAGUAUGUUUCAACACGCUGGUACCGUGCUCCUGAGGUUCUUCUCCAGUCGCCAACAUAUGGUUCUGCAGUUGAUAUGUGGGCCAUGGGAGCCAUCAUGGCUGAAUUAUUUACUCUCCGACCACUUUUCCCAGGUUCAAGUGAAGCAGAUGAAAUUUAUAAAAUUUGCAGUGUGAUAGGGACCCCAACAGAGAGUUCAUGGGCUGAGGGACUUGAGCUUGCAAGUACCAUCAGUUAUCAGUUUCCAGAGCUUGCAGGAGUACCUCUUUCUGCACUGAUACCAUCCGCAAGCGAGGAUGGAGUUGAUCUGAUUGCAUCACUCUGUUCUUGGGAUCCAUGUAAGAGGCCUACAGCCUUGGAAGCUCUUCAGCAUCCUUUCUUCCAGAGAUGUUACUAUGUUCCACCUUCUCUUCGGCCUAAAGCCACUACUAUUGGUAGAACACCUCCAUCAGGUGUAUCAAGCGGGAGGAGGGGUGUGGAGCAGAAAUGUAGCAACAAGAGAUAUCCUUUGCCUAAUUCAAAGCCGGUGGGCAAUAUUAUUACUACAUCAGGGGUGCAACGUAGAUUGGAAAUGAAUAGUAAUAGUAAUAAACAGGAUGGAGUGAAGGAAAAGAUGAAUAAGAAGUGCGCGAGGCAAGCAGCAGCAGCAGCACCACCACCAAAAUACCAACCACCCAUGAAAAACAAUAAUCCAAGAGGAAUGUAUAUGGGAAAAGGAAGAGGAGGAGUUGGUAUGGGUGAGACAGUCGAAAAGUUGGGAAACAUGACGAUUGGUUCUGCUAGACAACAACAGCAGCAGCAACAGCAGAUGAUGAGGAUGAAGGGGGGGAAUGGUAACCACGUGUUGUUUACUGGAAGAUCUCAAGGUUAUAGCAGCAAGGUGGCAGGAUGAUCUUAUUAUUAAUAAUAAGAAGUUGCAUUGUGUGCAGCCAGCCAGCCAGCCAUGGGAUGGGACUGGGAGGGAGUUUCUUUCUGAUUCAGCCAUAAACAAUCCAACUGUUUAAUCUUUUAUUUCAUAUUGUGACUAUUUCUCCUCUACUAAACUUAAACUUGUUAUCUGAUUUAUUGUUUUUGUGUGGAUUGAAAUGAGUGGUAAAAAGGACGAGAAUAACAACAAUCUGAUUGUUAAUAAAUGAAUUGAUGUUAGAACA